AUGGGUAUUACUGUUAUUGGUUCUUUGAACUACGAUUUAGUGACCUAUACUGACAAAGUUCCGGAUGGAGGGGAAACAAUACGUGCAAAUUCGUUCGAGACUCAUACAGGAGGUAAGGGUUGCAAUCAAUGUAUAGCUAUUGCCAGAUUGAAAAACCCUCAAGACAAUUAUACUGUCCGAAUGGUAGGAAGUGUUGGUAAUGAUGCCUUUGGUGCUCAAUUACUGGAUACAUUGAGAAGAGAUGGUGUUGAUGUUGACCAAGUCAAGGUGUUAGAAGGUGUCAGCACUGGUACAGCUACAAUAUUGGUGGAAGAGAAACUUGGUGGCCAAAAUAGAAUUUUGAUUGUUAAAGGGGCCAAUGGCGAAAGUAAAUAUAGUAGCCAACAAUUGAAGGAUAUGUUCAAAGAAACAAAAGAAAAGGAGUAUGUGGUAUUCCAACAAGAAAUUCCUAAUGCCGAUUGUGUGAUGAAAUGGAUUCAUGAUAAUAUUAGCAACUCUGUAAUUGUAUUCAAUCCUUCACCAUUUCAACCUAUUGCAAAAGCACAUUGGAAUGCUGUUGACGUUUUAGUGGUUAAUGAGAUUGAAGCUCUUCAAGUAAUAGAAGAUGCAGAAGGACCUGAGAAAGUCAAAGAGUACAAAGAGAUGAUUAAUGAUAAUUUUAUUAGCACUUACAAAAAUAUAGCUAUUCGCUUAAAGAGUCAAUAUGUAAAUCCAGAAGGAAAGAGGGCAGUAAUUAUUACCCUGGGUUCGAAAGGUGUUCUAUACGUAUCUAAACAAAACCCAGAAGUCGGUUACAUGGAUGCAAUACAUGAUGUAAAAGUAGUUGAUAGUACUGGUGCAGGUGAUACCUUUUUGGGUGCUCUAGUAACCCAACUUUAUGAAGGAAAACCAUUGUCAGAAGCUAUCAAGUUUGCCACUUUUAGUAGUUCGUUGGCAAUUCAAAAAAACGGUGCUGCUGAGAGUAUUCCAAAGCAUAAUGAUGUGAAGGCUGUAUUAUCGUAA